AUAAAAUUAUAAGGAGGGUAAGCCAAACACCCCCUCAUUCGUUCUUCCCUCCCCGCAGAAGCCUUGAAUUCACCGGCGACAUGAGAUUCGGUGGAGGUGGAUCUCAGCCGGCCGAGAUGUCGGCGAGAAAGCGAAGAAAAUUCCGAGAGGUGCAGGAAUAUAACGUUCAUUAUUACUCGAAGAAGCGACGGUUAGUAGCAGAAACGGAAACCCUAACCCUAGCUUCAAGGUCCCAAACGUUUGAUUCUCUGCCCGGCACAAGCUUCUCCAAACCGUCUCACUCUUCGUCCAGAACUCGCCGCAAGCAUAAGAAACACCACGGAAGAAAAUUUUCCACCAAGGACGGUAUCCGCAAGUGGAUCUAUUCUUCUGGAGACCUUUCCAGUUAUGAAGAUAAGGUUAUUCUGGUGUCGUAUAAUAUACUUGGUGUUGAAAAUGCAUCAAAGCAUCCAGACUUGUACUCUAAUGUCUCGCCCAAGUUUUUGGACUGGAACCUACGGAAAAAGCUUUUGUACAAGGAGAUUAGCCAAUACUGUGCAGGCAUUGUGUGUUUGCAGGAGGUUGACCGUUUCAAUGAUUUAGAUAAUCUCCUACAAAAAGAUGGCUUCAAAGGUGUUUACCAGGCUCGAACUGGGGAUGCAUGUGACGGGUGUGCUAUUUUUUGGAAAAAAGAGCUAUUUACCCUUUUGCAUCAAGAGAACAUAGAGUUCCAAAGGUUUGAUCUUCGAAAUAAUGUUGCUCAGUUCUGUGUUUUAGAGAUGAACCUAAAGCAGUCAAAUCCCAAUCUGGAUACUCAAACAUCCCAGGUCUCUUUAUCGCGAAGGUUAUUGGUUGGAAAUAUUCACGUGCUCUUCAACCCAAAUCGCGGGGAUAUAAAGCUGGGCCAGAUUAGACUUUUUCUUGAGAAGGCCCACAGAUUAUCACAAGAAUGGGGAAACAUUCCUGUCGUACUUGCUGGUGACCUUAAUAGCAUUCCACAGAGUGCGCUAUACCAGUUUAUUGCUUCAUCUGAGUUGGACCUUCAAGAACUUGAUCGAAGAAAAAUGUCUUGCCAAAUUUGCCCUGUAGAGCAUCAAGGGCUCCAAUUUCAGAAUAGCUUUCAGCGUUCAGUGUCCAGCCCACGAAGGUACAGACGGAAUCAUGAGGAGCUAAGGCUUGCAACUGGAGCUGGAGGGGGAACUUGUCUUAGACACAAUUUAAAACUCUCCAGUGCAUACCUCGGAGUUAAUGGUGGCUGUGGAACUAGAGACAACCAUGGGGAACCAUUGGCAACAACUUACCACUCCAAGUUCAUGGGAACUGUUGAUUACAUAUGGCAUACUUCAGAGCUUGUACCCGUGAAAGUUCUUGAUACCUUACCAAUUGAAGUUCUAAGGAAAACUGGUGGACUCCCAAGCAAGGAGUGGGGCAGUGAUCAUCUAGCUCUUGUGUGUGAGCUGUCUUUUUCUGAUGAUUGCAAUGCAACGUGACUUCUGCUGUCAAUCCCGGGCCUACUUCUAUCAAUUGGCACCAAAUUAAAUCAAAAGGCUUUGUAAUUAUUACCAGAGGAGCAUUACUCGUGCCUUUCUUGACCCUUGCCGGUGAGCAUCCAGUUUCUAAAGGUUGUGUGAUUUUAUUUAAUUGAUUUUGUUGUCCUUUUUAGUUUUUAUUUUUAAAUAAAAAAUAGUAUGUCGUAUUCUGUAUCCGUUUUCAGAAUAUCGAAAUGUUUUUAACUUGACAAAGCAAAAUAUCAAUGUGGAAAAUUGUUGUGGGAUGCUCUUUGUGAUGCAACCCUUUUAAUGA